AAUUUGUAAAAACAAAAGCCUCCUCUCCAGAACCAUCGUGAAAUUUUGCAAAUUUUUUAACACAAAGAAACUCCAAAUAAAAAUUAAAUAUCAACUAUGGCUUCAACAUCAGAAAUGGCCCUUAAAACAUGGGAAUUAGAAAACAACGUAAGAACUCUUCCAUCGUGUGAUGAAAUAUUUCGCUACGACAGCGAUCAACAACGGCAAGUUCUCGAUGCCAAACCAUGGGAAAAGGAUCCACAUUAUUUCAAGGAUAUUAAAAUAUCAGCUUUAUCUUUGUUGAAGAUGGUAAUGCAUGCCAGAUCUGGUGGUACAUUAGAAGUUAUGGGCUUAUUGUUGGGGAAAGUUGAAGACAACACAAUGGUUGUCAUGGAUGCAUUUGCAUUACCUGUCGAAGGCACGGAAACUCGUGUCAAUGCACAAUCGCAAGCCUAUGAAUACAUGUCGGCUUAUAUCGAUUCGGCCAAAGAAGUUGGCCGCCUUGAGAAUGCCAUCGGAUGGUAUCACAGUCAUCCUGGCUAUGGCUGUUGGUUGUCUGGCAUUGAUGUGUCCACUCAAAUGCUCAAUCAGAAUUUCCAAGAACCAUUUGUUGCCAUUGUCGUCGAUCCAGUUAGAACUGUGUCGGCUGGCAAAGUUUGUCUGGGUGCUUUCCGGACAUAUCCUAAAGGCUAUAAGCCACCAAAUGAAGAACCAUCUGAAUAUCAAACAAUUCCAUUGAAUAAAAUUGAAGAUUUCGGUGUUCAUUGCAAACAAUACUAUCCACUUGAGGUAAGUUAUUUCAAGUCGACUCUUGAUAGAAAGCUCUUGGAUUCGUUGUGGAACAAAUAUUGGGUUAAUACUCUUGGAAGCUCUGGAUUGCUCACAAACACUGAAUACACAACUGGACAGAUAUUUGAUUUGUCUGAGAAACUGGAACAAAGUGAAUCCAGUUUGGGUCGUGGACCAUUUGUUGUAUCAGGUGGAGAUAUAAAUGAAAAACGCACAGAAGACAAACUAACUAAAGCAACAAGAGAUUGCAGUCGUGCCUCUAUUGAACUCAUUCACGGUCUAAUGGCACAAAUAGCCAAGGACAAGCUAUUCAACAAGGUUGGAAUCAACAAGUAA